AGGGGCUUACCUGCGAGCGCGAGAGGUGGACGCGCGCCCGCGGUCCCGAGCGCCGGCGUCCACUACCGGCUGGAAGUUGGUGCCGGGCCCCGAGUGUCUGCCGCCUGCGGAGACCCGGGCCGAGCGAGAAGCUGCGGGACCACGAUGGGCGCGCCAAGGGUCCGCGCGCUCGCGGCGGCGCUGGGGCUGCUGCUGUGCGAGGUGCUGGGGCACGCGGGCCCGGCCGAGGGCGGCGGCCUCGAGGCGCUGGGGCCGCCUUCUGGGGUCGGCGCUGAGCACCAGUGUCCGGCUCCGUGCCGCUGCCUCGGGGACCUCCUGGACUGCAGUCGCCAGCGGCUGGCGCACCUUCCCGAGCCGCUUCCGUCCUGGAUCGCUCGGCUGGACUUAAGUCACAACAGAUUGUCUUUCAUCAAGGCAAGUUCCUUGAGCCACCUUCACUGCCUUCGAGAAGUGAAACUGAACAACAAUGAAUUGGAGACCAUUCCAAAUUUAGGACCAGUUACAGCAAAUAUUACACUUCUGUCCUUAGCUGGAAACAAAAUUGUGGAAAUAUUACCUGAACAUCUGAGACAAUUUCAGUCCCUUGAAACUUUGGACCUGAGUGGCAACAAUAUUUCAGAACUUAAAACUGCACUUCCACCCCUACAACUCAAGUAUCUGUAUAUCAACAGCAACCGAGUCACAUCCAUGGAACCCGGGUAUUUUGACAAUUUGGCUAGCACACUCCUGGUGUUGAAGCUGAACAGGAACCGAAUCUCAGCUCUUCCACCCAAGAUGUUUAAACUGCCCCAACUGCAACACCUUGAACUCAACCGAAACAAGAUUAAAAACGUAGAUGGGCUCACUUUCCAAGGGCUUGGUGCUCUGAAGUCUCUGAAAAUGCAAAGAAACGGAGUGACAAGACUUAUGGAUGGAGCUUUCUGGGGGCUGAGCAACAUGGAAAUCUUGCAGCUGGACCAUAACAACCUAACAGAGAUUACCAAAGGCUGGCUUUACGGCUUGCUGAUGCUGCAGGAACUUCAUCUCAGUCAGAAUGCCAUCAGCAGGAUCAGCCCUGAUGCCUGGGAGUUCUGCCAGAAACUCAGUGAGCUGGACCUAACGUACAAUCACUUAUCGAGGUUGGAUGAUUCAAGCUUCCUGGGCCUAAGCUUGCUAAAUACAUUGCACAUUGGGAAUAACAGAGUCAACUACAUUGCUGAUUGUGCCUUCCGGGGGCUUUCCAGCUUGAAGACUUUAGAUCUGAAGAAUAAUGAAAUUUCCUGGACCAUUGAGGACAUGAAUGGUGCUUUCUCUGGGCUUGACAAACUGAAGCGCCUAAUACUCCAGGGAAACCGGAUUCGAUCUAUUACCAAAAAAGCCUUCACUGGUUUGGAUGCAUUAGAACAUCUAGACCUGAGUGACAACGCAAUCAUGUCAUUACAAGGCAAUGCUUUUUCACAAAUGAAGAAGCUUCAACAACUGCACUUAAAUACAUCAAGCCUUUUGUGCGAUUGCCAACUGAAAUGGCUCCCACAGUGGGUGGCGGAAAACAACUUUCAGAGCUUCGUAAAUGCCAGUUGUGCCCAUCCUCAGCUGUUGAAGGGAAGAAGUAUUUUUGCUGUUAGUCCAGAUGGCUUUGUGUGUGAUGAUUUUCCUAAACCCCAGAUCACGGUUCAGCCAGAAACGCAGUCGGCGAUAAAAGGUUCCAAUUUGAGUUUUAUCUGCUCGGCUGCCAGCAGCAGUGAUUCCCCAAUGACUUUCGCUUGGAAAAAAGACAAUGAACUACUGCAUGAUGCUGAAAUGGAAAAUUAUGCACACCUCCGGGCCCAAGGCGGCGAGGUGAUGGAGUACACCACCAUUCUUCGACUCCGUAACGUGGGAUUUACCAGUGAAGGGAAAUACCAGUGUGUCAUCUCCAAUCACUUCGGUUCAUCCUACUCUGUCAAAGCCAAGCUCACAGUAAAUAUGCUUCCUUCAUUCACCAAAACCCCCAUGGACCUCACCAUCCGUGCCGGGGCCAUGGCGCGCUUGGAGUGCGCUGCGCUGGGACACCCAGCCCCUCAGAUAGCCUGGCAGAAAGACGGGGGCACAGACUUCCCGGCCGCGAGGGAGAGACGCAUGCACGUGAUGCCUGAGGAUGAUGUGUUCUUCAUUGUGGAUGUGAAGAUAGAGGACAUCGGGGUGUACAGCUGCACCGCCCAAAACAGUGCCGGCAGCAUUUCCGCAAAUGCAACUCUGACUGUCCUCGAGACACCGUCAUUCUUACGGCCCCUGUUAGAUCGAACUGUAACCAAGGGGGAAACGGCCGUCCUGCAGUGCAUUGCAGGGGGGAGCCCUCCCCCCAGACUGAACUGGACCAAGGAUGACAGCCCCUUGGUGGUCACCGAAAGACACUUUUUUGCAGCAGGCAACCAGCUACUAAUCAUUGUGGACUCUGACAUCAGCGAUGCCGGGAAGUACACGUGUGAAAUGUCUAACACCCUGGGCACCGAGAGAGGCCACGUGCGCCUCAGCGUGAUCCCCACCCCAACCUGCGACUCCCCUCAGAUGACGGCCUCGUCCCUGGACGACGACGGCUGGGCCACCGUGGGCAUCGUGAUCAUCGCGGUGGUUUGCUGCGUGGUGGGCACGUCACUCGUGUGGGUGGUCAUCAUCUACCACACACGGCGGAGGAACGAAGACUGCAGCAUCACCAACACAGAUGAGACCAACUUGCCAGCUGAUAUCCCGAGUUACUUGUCAUCUCAGGGAACAUUAGCAGACAGACAGGACGGGUACGUCUCCUCGGAAAACGGAAGCCACCUCCAGUUCGUCACUUCUUCUGGAGGCGGAUUUUUCUUACCACAGCACGAUAGUAAUGGAACAUGCCACGUUGACAACAGCAGUGAAGCCGAUGUGGAAGCUGCCACAGACCCGUUCCUUUGUCCCUUUUUGGGACCCUCAGGCCCUAUGUAUUUGAAGGGGAGCAUGUAUGGCUCAGAUCCUUUUGAAGCCUAUCAUACGGGUUGUGGUCCUGACCUGAGAUCAGCUUUAAUGGACCACUAUGAGCCCAGUUACAUAAAGAAGAAGGAAUGCUACCCAUGUCCUCAUCCUUCAGAGGAAUCCUGUGAGCAGAGCGUCAGUGAUACAGGAUGGCCUUCUCAUGCGAAGAAGUUACUCAGCUCUUCUUAUUCUCAACAUGAAGGACCUGGAAUGAACAACUUAUGUCUGAACAAGUCUUCUGCAGAUUUUAGUCCAAGUCCAGAGCCACCAUCAGUUACUUUGAGUAAUUCUUUCAUGGGAACAUUUGGAAAGCCUCUGAGGAGACCUCACCUGGAUGCCUUUUCAAGCUCUGGGCAGUCAUCGGAUUGUCAGCCAAGAGCCUUUCACUUGAAAGCUCGUUCUUCCCCGAACUUGGACUAUGAAUCAGAGGAAGAUGGGAAAGAAAGGACAGAUUUUCAGCAAGAAAAUCACACAUAUACCCAUAAACAGACCUUAGAAAGCCACAGGACUUCAAAUUUUCAGUCUUUUGACUUGGACACAUAAACUAAUGAGACCAAGGACAAGUUCUAACAUACUACCUCAAGUGGACUUUUAUUUAAAGAGAGAGAGAAGCCUAUGUUUUUAAAUGGAACUAUGAAUUUUAAAAGGAUAAAAUGUCUUAUUUAUACAGAUAGACAAAAAUUACAAAAAGGCAUAAAAAUUUUAUACUGGGAGUAUCUUUCAUAUAGGAAUACCUUUACUAUUUUAUAACUUUGCUUUAUGCAGAAAAUAUCUUAAUGUAAAUUAAUGGUAUAAAUCCAUGACUAUUUUAUGUAUUUUUAUAAUGCCAGAUUCCUUUUUAUCGAAAAUGAGUACUAAAGCAUUUUAAACAAUAA